AUGGAGGUCUUAGAGCACUGCGGUUCUCAGUGCGCGAGGAGCGGUUUAGCUCCUGUCCAGAGCCUCAGGCUGCUGGUGGAGAUGGCACAUCAUGGCCCGCCACACCUCAUGCCUCAGCCCUCUAGGCAUGUCUGCGGUUUUGGCGUUGUCUGUGCUUCUGCCUCCGCGGUGGCUGGGCUGGGAGCCCGUGAGCGGCACUGCGGCCACAUCGCCUGUCCUCCGGGCCCGGCCCGCGGAGGGGAGGUGGCGGGUCCUGAGCCCACGGCUCUCAUGCAUCCUCUGACGCUGUAA